UGCAUACAUUCCAUGGCAAUUUCUUUGUCCGUUCUACAGAUUUACUCUCUUUACCCAAUGUUAAUCCUGACGCUGGGUAUGGCAUGCAAAUUUCUUAUGAAGAAACUUUGAACGAUGUCAAAACUGUUUGCUUUCAAGCUGCGUUAUUGUAUACUAAUAGUGAAGGUGAGCGGCGUAUACGAGUGCAUACUAUUUGUUUGCCAGUGACUGGUUCAUUACCGGAAAUUAUGCAUGCUGCGGAUACAGAAGCAAUUAUAAGUUUACUUGCUAAAAUGGCAGUUGAUCGUUCAAUUACAUCAAAUCUAUCUGAUGCAAGAGACGCAUUUAUAAACGCCACUGUAGAUAUAUUAAAUGCAUUUAAAAUAGCACAAAACUUACCAGCCGGGCAAACAGGCCAACUAAUUGUACCAAGAAGCUUGGCAUUGUUACCAAUGUACAUUUUGGCAUUGCUCAAACAUCCGGCAUUCCGUAUAGGCACAAGUACUAGACUUGAUGAUCGGGUUCAUGCAAUGGAUUGUAUGAAAACGUUGCCAUUGGAUCAGUUAAUGAAAUAUAUAUAUCCACAAUUCUAUCACUUAGAUGUGCUAUUCUAUAAUGUGCAAAAUUCUAAUGAUGACGAUGAAGAAGAAGAAUUACCCAAUGUUCCGCGCUUACAGUUAUCCGCAGAAUUUUUGGAUUCGAGGUCAAUGUUUCUAUUGGAUUGUGGUUUAUUAAUUAUUUUAUAUAUUGGACUGAAUGUACCGUCGAAGAUACUGGAAAACACUUUAGGUAUUAAAUCGACUGCUGAAUUGCCUGACUAUGUAUAUGGUUUACCAAAUGUUAAUAGCAGCGAAAACGAAUCUUUAAAACAGUUUAUUUUAAAGUUGAAUGAUGAAAAACCUUAUCAGCCAGUUGUACAGAUAAUUAGGGAUACGAGUACUGCUAAACCUCAAUUUAUUGAAAAAUUAGUCGAUGAUCGAAGUGAAUCUAGUUUAUCAUAUUACGAAUUUUUGCAACAUAUAAGGACUCAAGUUAAAUAGUAUCAUAUAAGUAAAAAAUAAAUUAAUAACUAUUUCGAGUAGGUGAGUAUACCAACUCUGAUUAGAAACUAAUCAGUUCAAUAAGAAUAUAGUUAAAUGCGUAGUCAAAGAAAUAAUUCUACAUAAAAUCUAUACUGGAAUUUAAAAAACAAAAUCCAAGUUAAUAUAAUCAAUUUUACAUAUAUGUUAGAUAUAAAUAGCAUAGAUUCAGUGCUUUUUUAAACACUAUGUUAAAGAUAAUUAUAUCUAUGUAUGGAUACUUUGCAGCAUCUGUAAUUGUAUAAUAAUGCAAAAAUAUAAAAAUAAUGCAAAAAACAAAAAAAAAACAAAAACAAAUCAUAACGAAGAAUUGUAAUUUAAAUUCUAUUUUAUAUCUCUAUUGUUAUUUCCUGUAUUUUUAAGUAGUUCUUGUCUUUUAAGCGAUUUGCUUUUAAUUCUCUAUGUGAUUGUUAUUUUUUUCAU